UCAUAGCUGCUGCCAGGCCCGUAAUCUGUCAUGGGUCCCUGUACGGCCUCCCAUUGCUGCUGUCUCCAUCGCCACACUCUGCCAUGUGCCACUUUCAGGUCUCCUCACACUGCUGGUGUGUUCCAUUUUUUCAUAGGGUGCUGGGCAGAUUACGGGCCUCCAUUGCUGCUGCCAGGCCCGUAAUCUGCCAUGGGCCCCUGUACCGCCUCCUCAUGCUGCUGCCAGGUCCAGAGUCUCUCAUGGGUCCCUGUACGGCCUCCCAUUGUGCUGUCUCUAUCGCCACACUCUGCCAUGUGCCACUUUCAGGUCUCCUCACACUGCUGGUGUGCUGUCCAUUUUGU